UCUAAAUUUAAUCACGUCGACUGAAGGCGUUACUGAAGGAGUGAAGAUCAUAACAAAUAAAAUCGAACAAACGACAUUCAAACGAGGCAUUCAUUUACCAGCCGUGGAUUAGGGGGCGCUCUUUUAUCCGUUCAAUUCAACCGUUUUUACGUCAUGCGUUUGGUCGACAGUCCUUCUUGCCAAGGUUCGUGGCUGAGACGUACAAAAAUUGAAAUCAUAACCUCAAAGAAGCGUCAUUUCGAGUUCUUUUUGACGAGCAUUAAAUAAUAACAGCAUCGCGCGUUAUUUAUGGAAAUAAUAGAGCCGAGAUUGCAAGGCUUGCGAAGUGUCAGUUUUCGAAGUCUGGUUUUUGUCGAGCUGUUUUUAGGGAUUGUAUGCAUAGAGGAAGAGCAGGCGGAUCUUUGUAAACAAAUAUCUCUGAGAGUGAGUGAUUGAAAAAUUCUCAAUUACUCAACGAUCUUGUUGGCAGUUUCUUUUCAUUGAAUUCAAAAAACGCAUUGUUCGUCACCUGGAUCUCGACAUGUUUCGAUCCAUGUUCAAUCCGAUAUGCGUCUAUGAUUAUUAAUUAGCUUGAGAAUAUCGAAGAAUGAGUGAAACUGCUGUUACCAACGAAAUGGUCGAACUAAAUGGAGGGUCAGCGCAACCUGCCCUCAAUGGAGAAGCUGAGAACAACAAAUCACCUGGAACUGUAGAAGACAAAGUCCCUGACUCUGGUGUAGAUAGCGACCAAAAAAAAGGCCAAACUGCCGUCGUCGCCAGUAGCGGCACAGCUUCCGUUAGUAGGGGUAAAAAACGGAAAAAGACUCCUCGUGAUGCAACGGCACCCAAACAGCCACUGACUGGAUAUUUUCGAUUCUUGAACGAUCGGCGAGAAAAGGUGAGGACUGAGAAUCCCUCCAUACCGUUUCCCGAGAUUACUAAGAUGCUAGCUGCGGAGUGGAGUUCACUACCGGUAGAUCAGAAACAGCAAUAUCUAGAUGCUGCUGAGCAGGACAAGGAACGUUACAACCGGGAGAUCACUGACUACAAGCAAACUGAAGCAUAUCGUUUGUUUAGUGAAAAACAGAACAACGAGAAGCUCAGUGAGAAUAAAAAAGAGAGAAACGGAACGGAACCAACCUUGGAACAAAAUGAAGUACAGCAAGAGAAGGAUCACGAUUUCUCUGGAUUUGAUAUUCCAAUUUUUACAGAAGAAUUUUUGGAUCAUAACAAAGCUUGCGAAGCUGAGUUGCGCCAGCUACGAAAAGCCACCUCCGAUUAUGAGGCUCAAAACGCAGUCCUUCAGCGCCAUGUAGACAGUUUGCACGCCGCUGUCAAUAGAUUAGAGUCCGAAACAAGCCAGCAGCGUGCGACUAAUCAAUCGCUUCAGCGUCAUCUCGACUCGCUACGAUCCCAAUUAGCAGGGAGCUUUGCUACUAUACCUUUACAAGGCACUCACGACGGCGCUACCUUGCAGAAUAUCGACGGAUACGUCGAGAGACUAGAAUCUCUACUUAGCAGUAACGUAGAUCCUGGACUGCGAAAUACCGUUCGUGCCGCGGUAUCACGCCUGGAGUUGAUUGGAUGACGGUCACCCCCUGUAACGACAACAGCAACGAUCCCAAUUACUACAAACUCUAUAACGACCUUGAAACAUCAUCGCUCGCGUCAUUCCCAUCGAAAAUGAGUUUAUUGAUGGAACUGAACCAAGUUGAACUCUAUCGGUUUGGUAAAAAUGACAAAAAUCUUCCUAUUCCUUGUUGAGUUGGAAGAAACGGAACUUCUGAGUAAAAGAAUCGAGUCAUGUAACCACUGUGGUAACGAGACACAGAGAUACUGGGUGAAAAUAAAUCUAAAUCAUGAGAAGGACGUUCGACCACUUUAUAAAAGAAGUGUGAGUAAACGCCCUAUGUUGUAUAUAGCACUGCGAAAGUUCGCAAUGAUCAUGUAUUUGAAUCGAUAGCUUUAGAUUAGCUCUUAAACGUACGUGUAAAGUGUAAUUUAAUUACUUGAGUUAUGUAGAAGUGAGGGAGAAGAAAAAGUUAUCUCUGAAACAUUCAAUUAUUACUAGUAUUUUUAUUUUGUUUUUUGUCUUCAAUUUAAUUAAACUUUCAGCUACGCAGCUCAUUUUGGUUCAAUUCCUUGUUUCCCUUGAGGAUUAAGUGUCGUAUUAUUUUUAACUGCAGUAAUUACACGAAGCUCAUUAACAAAAUGGCUAUAGAUUUUAUUCAAUCUUACUUCGAAUGAUUGUAUUAUUCCAUUUUGGUUUUCAUAAAUUGGCACGAAAAGGUUUUACUCUGAGAGUUAUUAUGGAAUGUAAACUGCCAGAGAUUUACAGAGUCUUGAGUAUGAUUUUGAGCUUAAUCAUUGUUAAUCAAAUGUGCAAAUCAUUAAUAUUGGUAGGAUUAAUAAUAAUUAUUAUAAAAAUAACAAUAAAACUACUUCAUAGUAACUGAGAUUUAAUUUCAUCAUCACUGGUAAUCAAUAAUCAAUCUCUUGCAUACUAUAUUCGCUUACAAUUAAUUAUCAAGGUAUAUAUUUCACAUUGGAUAAUCUUAUUUACAACGUCACUACUAUUGGACAAUUAUCAAUAAUGUUACUAUGACCAAUAAAAUUAUUGCUCAUUUAUUCUUAAUCAAAUCAAAAUCUUCCACCAUCGGUUUUGUCCGUGCUUUUACCCUGUUUAAAAAAAACCUGCAAAAAAAAAUAUAUAUGUAUAGAUAAAAUCAGGAAUGAAGGAAAUUCAGUUCCUACUAGAUACUACAAGCUUUAAAAACGUUCUAAACAGCCACUUGUCUUACCUCAGAUUUGAGACGUGUGGAUAUCGGUUGGCCUCUAAUUCAACGAUUGUUCUUUCAAUUCUCGAAUAAAUAAACAGCGUGACUUCUGGAAUUAAAUCACAAACCGAGGCGA